CAGCAAGGGCGGUAGGCCACGGCACACCAGCCGAAGCCAAGUACUAGAUAACUCGGACGGAGCUCCGCGUAAAGAUCUUUGCAGAUAACGUAUCGCCGAAGAUAUAACGGUAAUGAUAUGCGUAUUUAAUUCUUGGCGCAAUCCAGUCUGAACGAUAAGUAUCGAUUCUUCCGACAUUACUCUCGAGCUGAGAAUGGUCGAGACUGCUCAUGAAAUCGUCGUUAUCGGAGCAGGAGUUGUAGGUCUGACUGCCGCCCUGAAGAUUCAAGAGAAGGGAGGGUAUCAUGUCACUGUCAUAGCGGAAACUUUACCUACCGAUCCGAAGACGAGCAGAUAUACAAGUCACUGGGCGGGAGCUCAGCACGCCACCGCUGCCGAUUCCCCUGGUGUGCAUCCGAACCAGCUAGAAAUGGACAAAGAGACGUUCCGCAUAAUGUGGGACCUAUCAGCCCCUGGGAAUGAUGCAGAAGGGUGCUUCAUGCGACUGCAGAUGCUAUCAUACUCCGGACACCAACGUAAGAAACCGUCGGUGUGGGAGUUCAUGCCCGACUUCAAAUAUCUGACCGAAGAAGAGCUUGUUCCCACUAUGGUCGACGGAUCAUCUUUCACUACAGUGACCAUUGACGUUCCCAUUUACCUUAACUAUCUCUUGUCGCGUUUCCUCAGCAGGGGAGGCGCCGUCGUCAAGGGCCAAGUUCAGCACGUUAAGCAGGUCAUCGAGGGUGGGGUCGGGGCGUUCACCGGUGCAAAGAAUUGCCCGAAACCAGUAGCAGUCGUGGUAUGUGCGGGGCUCGGAGCUCGCUUCCUCGGCGGUGUCGAAGACAAGGACGUGUACCCCAUACGUGGACAAACCGUCAUUGUACGGGCGCCCUGGGUGAAGGAAAUGCCAUGCUUUCGCCUACCUGACGGUUCCUCCUCAUACGUGAUCCCCCGUCGAAGCGGGGAUGUAAUCAUUGGGGGUACGACCUUGGUGGAUGAUUGGUACCCCACGGCGCGCUCGAAGACGAAGCGGGAGAUAAUGGAGCGAGUGAUCAAAUUGUACCCGAAUAUUGCGCCGCCCGAAGUUCGCGCGGUGAAAGAGCCAACCGUCGCGGAUCUCGAAGCCAUCGUGAUUGAGGACGGAUGCGGACUUAGACCGGGAAGGAAGGGAGGUGUUCGACUCGAAGUCGAUUCUUCGGGCAGUGUACCACUGGUGUUCAAUUAUGGCCAUGGCGGAUACGGGUACCAGUCAUCUUGGGGAACGGCUAGCGCGGCUUUGAGCUUGCUAGAAGGUGUAUUGGCAGGGAAAGCAUGAUUAGAAUUACUCGAUGGGUAGUCCAGGAAGUUGGGAGACUUGUAACAUGAUAAAUUAUUUGAUUGCACCAGGAGGCACCGACGGUCACGAUCUUUUACCUAGCGGCAGUCCCGCAGGCGGGACUGAAGGCGGACCAGGACGGUAGCAGAAACUUCCGCUGGUAAAAUGUGACGCACACUCUACGGUGCUUUACCAUGCACCUAC